AUGUGUGCAACCCGGCGUGCGUUAGUUUUGAUCAUCAUGUGUUUAUGUUGUGAUACAGUGAGCGCUUUGAACUCGAUUUUCCGACAAUGGGAAAUCUCAGCUGGUAAUUCGUGGAAUAUCAGUGGAGAACCGUGCAGCGGAGCAGCCCUCAAUUCCACUGACAUCGAUAACACUCCCGAGAACCCUGCGAUCAGAUGCGACUGUAAUUACAAUAACGGAACCACCUGCCACAUUACAAAGCUAAGAGUAUAUGCGUUGAAUGUGAAGGGGGUGAUACCAGACGAGCUGGCCAAUUUGACUUAUCUCACCAACGUGAAGCUGGAUCAAAAUUACUUGACAGGUCCAAUGCCCGCAUUUCUUGGCAAUUUAUCUUCAAUGCAAUACUUGUCAUUUGGUAUCAAUGCAUUGUCCGGAAGCAUCCCAGCCGAGCUUGGAAAACUUACAGACUUGCGUUUACUGGCUUUUGGUUCAAAUAACUUUUCUGGGCCACUCCCUCCGGAAAUCGGGAAUUUAGUCAAACUUGAACAAAUUUACAUAGAUAGCUCUGGAGUGAGUGGUGAAAUUCCUGCAACAUUUGCUAAACUAGUAAACAUGCAGAUUUUGUGGGCAUCAGAUAACAACUUCACCGGCAAAUUACCUGAAUUUAUCGGGGAUUGGACAAAGCUCAAAACUUUGAGAUUCCAAGGGAAUUCUUUUGAAGGUCCAAUACCAUCAAGUUAUUCAAAUUUGACUUCAUUAACAGAUUUGCGAAUAAGUGAAUUAUCUAAUGCCAAUUCGACAUUGGAUUUCAUUAAGGACAUGAAGGCCUUAACUGUACUGAUUUUGAGAAAUAAUAUGAUUUCGGGUACUAUUCCAUCUAGUAUUGGAGAGCUUCAAAGUUUGCAAAAAUUAGAUUUAAGCUUCAAUAAUUUAAGAGGAGAGAUUCCAAGCUCUUUAUUCAAUUUGAGUUCUCUAUCUUACUUGUUUCUUGGAAACAACAACCUUUCUGGUUCCCUUCCUCCUCAAAGCAGUGGAAAUCUUGUCAGCAUUGAUUUGUCCUAUAAUCAAUUAUCAGGAAGCUUUCCUUCAUGGGUGAACAAAGAUUUACAAUUGAAUUUGGUUGCCAACAAUUUUGUAUUUGAUGAUUCAAAUUCUAGUUCUCUUUCUCCAGGCAUAGAUUGCCUUCAACGGAAUUUUCCAUGCAAUAGAGGUUCUCCACGUUAUGCAAACUUUUCAAUCAAGUGUGGUGGUCUAGCCAUGGCAUCUACUGCUGGUCGACUUUUUGAAAGAGAAAAUGAAACUCUGGGACCAGCAUCAUAUUAUGUAACAGAUACCCAAAAAUGGGGAGUUAGCAAUGUUGGACUGUUCAAUGAUAGAAAUACCCCAAGUUAUUUCCAAAUGACCUUAUCACAAAUUUCAGGUGCAGGUAUUUUAACCUCUGAGUUCUUCCAAACAUCAAGGCUAUCUCCAGGAUCACUAAGAUACUAUGGCCUAGGUUUGGAAAAUGGAGUCUACACAGUAAGCCUUUGGUUUGCUGAGACAGGAAUCGAUGAUGCAAGCACAGAAACUUGGAAAAGUCUUGGCAGGCGUGUUUUUGACAUUUAUAUACAGCAUGAAGAGUCAAGACCUAGGAUUGUACACAGAGAUGUCAAGGCUAGUAAUAUUCUACUUGAUGCUGAGUUAAAUCCCAAAAUUUCAGAUUUUGGUUUGGCCAAGCUGUAUGAUGACAAGAAGACCCACAUUAGCACCAGAGUUGCAGGAACAAUUGGCUAUCUCGCACCAGAGUAUGCUAUGCGUGGACAUCUAACCGAGAAGGCUGAUGUGUUUGGGUUUGGAAUUGUCGCUCUAGAGAUCAUUAGUGGGCGGCCAAAUUCUGACUCCAGCUUGGCUCCAGAGAAGAUUUAUCUUCUUGAAUGGGUAUGGAAUCUACAUGAAAAUAGCCACGAGCUUGAAUUUGUUGAUCCAAAAUUAAGUGAAUUUGAUGAAGGAGAAGUUCUUCGACUUAUAGGAAUAGCCCUGUUAUGCACUCAGACUUCACCAGCACUGCGCCCCUCCAUGUCACGCGUUGUGGCCAUGCUUUCAGGAGAUAUUGAAGUGAGCACCAUCACAUCCAAACCCAGUUAUUUAACAGAUUGGCAAUUUAAUGAUAUCACCAGUAGCUUUUUGAGUGAGAAUUCUUUGGGGAAGUCAAUUGACAGCCAAUUCAAGACAUCAUCAGAUACUACCAUGGUGAACGCAGACACUUCCCCAAACAAUGUUUCUCAACCAAUACUCCAUAAUAUCAUUGGAGAUGGAAGGUGAUAAUUGGCUUCCAUGUUAUCGAAACAUGUAUCAUGAAUAUCUUGUUUUGCUUAAAGUUUCCUACUCCUUAGAAUUUUAAAUUUUAAGUGUUGUAUCUGACCAUCAGCCUAAUUAGAGAAUAAUACCUGUAGUAUGGGGGUGUCAAACAUUACUUGCUGCUUGUUUCUCUGAGUUCCAAAAGCAAAAGGUCUCACACAUUGUAUGAAUUAAAAAAUUAAAUAGAAACGCAGAAAUAUCUUCUUCAUUGUGU